GCUCUGUAUGACAUUUUUGAUGUCACAAAUUGAUUUUUUUAAGCAUAUAUUGAUAUAUAGAUAUUAAUCUAUCUUUUUUUUCAAGAUACUGAUCUAAAUAUAUUCAAGCACUGUAUUUGCACAACAGUUUUUUGUCUUGGUUCUGUUUUUGUGUGUGUGUGUACUUACUAUGUUACAGCACUUAAAACCUGUGUACUGUCGACUCUAGUUACUGUACAGUAGAGUGAGUAAAUUUUUAUCUACACUUUAUAGCUCAUAAAACUUAAGAGCUUUUAUCUUGGCAAGCUGGAGAAAACAGUGUACUAGAAGCAAAUAAUUAUAGGAGAGGAGGAAACGGCACUAAAUGUGGAGCAGCUAUGGCUCAAAAUGUAGAAGCAAAAGUAGUUAUAAUAGGCAGUGGGAUAUCAGGAAUAGCUGCUGCACACAAGCUUGUUAAAGCUGGAUUUCAGAAUGUGAGGAUACUGGAAGCGACUGCCAGAAGUGGAGGACGAAUCAAAACGGGCAAACUGGGUAAUACUAUGAUAGAGAUAGGUGCAGCUUUUGUCCACGGUCCAUCUGAGAAGAACCCUGUGUUUUGUUUGGCCCGGGACUAUAACUGCUUGGAUCCCAAAGCCCUCACCCCUGAGAACCAGGCAGUGCAGGUCGAAGAAUAUCCACCACUGGUUCCCAACUGGUUCAGCAGUUCAGGUCAGAAGCUGAAUCCUGAAUGUAUGGAGCCUGCUCUGGAGUUGUUUCAUGAACUCAUAGAAAACACUCCACAGUCUAAGAAUCACAAAAAACGCUCCUGGCACAGUGUUGGAGAUUUUAUAAGAUCAGAGGUACGAAGGCGAACAGAAAAGAGGUGGAAAGGCAAAGAUAAGAACACCAGGCGGCUGCUGCUGGGGGCCAUUAAUACCAUGCUGAAGGAAGAGUGUUGUUCAAGUGCAACAUCCUCAAUGGAAGUCUUAGACUUGGCUGGAUUUUCUGUUUACGAGCAUUUAAAAGGAGUGGACUGCACCUUCCCAAGUGGCUUUGAGGGAUUAAUCGACAACUUGAUAUCCGAGCUGCCCACUAAUAUAGUGACUUACAAUCGCCCAGUGCGCUGCGUUCACUGGAACAACAGAGAAAGCGGAGUAAACCCAGUGAUGGUGGUGUGUGACGAUGGGGAGGAGAUUGUUGCUGAUCAUGUUAUUGUUACUGUGUCUCUAGGUUACUUGAAGAAGCACCACUCUACCCUGUUCUCACCUCCUCUUCCAACUCUGAAGCUGCAGUCCAUUCACAAACUAGGAUUUGGAACAUGCGAUAAAAUCCACGUUGAGUUUAAUUCUCCGUGGUGGGAUGCCGAUUGUGAGAUCAUCUAUCUGGUGUGGGAUGAUGAGGAUAAAAUUUCAGAUCAAGUUUCAGAUUUACACAAACACUGGAUGAGGAAGAUCUCAUCGUUCAGCGUGCUCAAACCCUCUGAAAGUGGCAGUCAUGUCCUCUGCGGCUGGAUUUCUGGGUAUGAGGCAGAGUAUAUGGAGAAACUUCCUGAAGAUGAAAUCAGACGUUGCAUCACGGAGCUCAUCCAUACUUUCACAGGAGACCGCACCAUCACGCCAAAGAGAAUCAUGUGCACCCAGUGGUUUCACGAUCCCUGGACAUUAGGAUCCUACAGUCACCUAGCUGUAGGCUGUUCAGUGCAGAACAUAAAGAACAUGAUGGAGCCACUGCCCAAAAGAGGAGAGCAGCCCCUGCAGGUGCUGUUUGCUGGGGAAGCAACUCAUUCCUGCUACUACUCCACUGUCCAUGGAGCGCUUCUGACUGGGUGGAGAGAAGCGGAUAGACUCAUUUCACACUAUUCUUCUAGCAGCUCGUCCCACUAAAGCCAACAAAGUUGAAUACUGAAC